UCUUAGGUUACUCAUGCUUGUGUGAGGGUUUCUUUUUCUAAUUUCAUCUUGAAUCGCGUUUAUUAUUAAUCCCAUCACUUCAUUUCAUCAAACCAAUCAGAAACUAUAUUUUGGACAACAGUGUUCAAACCCGUUCUGGGGAAUAAUCAUUGUUCUUCAAACUCGCGACUAGCCUGUUAAACUCGUGAUUCUAUGUCUGAGUUUGCAACACCAAAAAUGUCCGAAUUUCACUAGGGUGCAGGUACAUAUUAGCACGUAAAAGUUCCUCCACAGAGUUGCAAUGGAUAUAAUCUCCCAAUUACAAGAAAAGGUUAAUUUGAUUGCACAUUUAACUUUCAAUACCAUUGGUACGUUGCAAAGGGAUGACCCUCCUAAUCGACUGUCACCAAAUUAUCCUGAACCAACAGCACAUCCUACAGAGGAGGAGGGGACAAAUUUUUCAGAGCAGCCAAAGCUGAUGAGUUCUACUUUAGUGAAGGCUGCAAAGCAGUUUGAUGCAUUGGUUGCAGUUCUUCCAAUAUCCGAGUCAGGUGAAGAAGAACAGCUUAAGAGGAUAACAGAACUACAAACUGAAAAUGAUGCAAUAGGACAAGAACUUCAAAAGCAGUUGGAAGCUGCAGAGAAAGAAUUGAAUCUGGUUCAAGAGCUGUUUAGGCAAGCAUCAAAUAAUUGUUUGAACUUGAAGAAACCAGAUGACAAUUAAGCUAUUUCAUUACUAGAUCAGAGUGAGUCCAUUCCAAUUCUUUAAGUUAUUAAAUUAGUGAGACAUUUACUAAGGAAAUAUUUUGCCACAAGGGAACCAAGCGAAGGAUAUGUCAAAAUAAUCAACAAACUAGAAGGAUAUGUUUCUGUAAAUGAACGAUAA